CACAGUGGGGAAGCAGGUACUCACGGAUCCAACAGGGUGCCUGGUCUCCCAGGGGUAGAAGCAGAACACAGGUACCUGUGGAGUCCGGAUCAGGCAGGUGGCCUCUGGCUCUGGCAGACGGGCUGUGGUAGUCUCUCCCCCUUCUGUGAGGUCUCUGGCAAAAAGCAGGCAGGCUGGGAUAGUCUCUCCCCCUUCUGUGGGGUCUCUCGCAAUCACAGGCAAGCUUUGUCUGGUUGUCUCUUCCCUCCUGUGGGGUCUCCGUGA